AUACGUGGCAGAGUUGUAGCGCCUUGUUUGGUAACCUGGAAAUUACAAGAAAACUCGGUUUUCACAGUGGAAGAGCUUAAAUGGCUUUUCCUCUUAUUGCAAGAAACCCUACAUUCCACACUUUCCCAUCCCACACUCACCAUUUCACCGCUCCCUCUUCCUUCAGAACCAAAUCUCUUACCAUCAUCAACUUCGCAAAGAUGGAAGGAAGUGAAAUCACUCAACAAGCAGUGGAUGAUGAUUUGAGUUUGAAGAAGAAAGUUUUUGUUGCUGGAGCUACCGGUAGCACUGGGAAAAGAAUCGUGGAACAAUUACUUGCAAAGGGUUUUGCUGUUAAAGCUGGGGUUAGAGACUUGGACAAAGCAAAAACUUCACUUUCUGCCAACCCAUCUCUUCAAUUUGUUAAAGUUGAUGUCACAGAAGGUUCUGAUAAGCUAGCUGAAGCAAUCGGGGAUGAUACAGAAGCAGUAGUAUGUGCCACAGGCUUUCGGCCAGGGUGGGAUUUGCUUGCUCCGUGGAAGGUUGACAAUUUUGGCACUGUAAACCUUGUUGAAGCAUGCAGGAAAGUCAACGUUAACAGAUUCAUUCUUAUAAGUUCCAUUUUAGUCAAUGGAGCAGCUAUGGGACAGCUACUCAACCCAGCCUACAUUUUUCUCAAUGUUUUCGGACUCACCUUAGUGGCAAAAUUACAGGCAGAAAAUCAUAUCAGGAAAUCUGGUAUAAAUUACACAAUCAUAAGACCGGGAGGGUUGAAAAACGAUCCUCCUACUGGAAAUGUUGUUAUGGAGCCAGAGGACACACUUUAUGAAGGUUCCAUAUCCAGAGAUCAAGUUGCAGAGGUAGCUGUGGAAUCGUUGGCUUAUCCUGAGGCAUCUUACAAAGUUGUGGAGAUAGUCGCUCGACCUGAUGCUCCUAAGCGCGCAUAUCAUGAUCUCUUUGGUUCCAUAGUUCAGCGAUGAUAACUGAGAUUAGGGAUUUGGUUGCAGAUUAGUGAAUCGGUUUCCUUGUUUUUCUGGGAUUUCUGGUUGAAAAUUUGUAUUUUACUCUUUUUUUUAAUGUCAGUUCAUUGAAUUGUAUACCAAAGUAAUGUGAGUAAAUAUGCAAGAAUACCUUUCAUGUUA